AUGUGCCGGCAGAACUGUGGUUAUUUUGAGCGCGACUCAGGGUCUUGGUCAGGCCGCCGCCGUCGCAUUUGCUGCAGCCGGAGCCUAGCGCAUUGCCAUGAUAAACAGCUCAUGUGCUUCAGACACUCCUACUAUAUCGACGUGGGGUGGAAGGCGUUGAAGGUCAGCGUCAAAUAUUCAUUUGUUGUCAUUCGCGCUCUGUUGCCGUUCCUACUGAAGGGAACUGAAAGGACCAUUGUCAAUGUUAUUUCAGAAUUGCCGUUUUCCCAGUCCAUAUCCACAACGCAUAAUUUGUCUUAA